GGGUCAGGUGCGCAGAGCCGGAAGAUAAAAAUGUAAACAAACCCACAUGGUUAAAAGAGCUAAAAUGAACUUUGAACCAUUUUUUACGUUAUCUUACCCUGAAAUAACUUGACAUGUCAUUUAAAACAUGUCCUCCCAAGAUCAAGCCCAUCGUCCCGAUGUUAUCGUUAUUGGUGCAGGAAUUUCUGGACUUGUCACUGCAAAAUGUCUGAGAGAAGCUGGUUUGAGUGUGGUUGUCUUAGAAAGAUCUGGUGACAUUGGAGGGUUAUGGACAUUCAGAGAAAAUGACUAUGGUGUAAUGAGAUUUACACACAUAAAUGUAUCAAAGUACAACUACUGUUUCUCAGACUUUCCGUUUCCUGACGAUGUUCCAGAUUACCCACACAAUGUUGAUAUGGCCAAAUAUAUUAAAAGUUAUACCAACCACUUUAAGCUGAAUGAAAUCAUCAAGUUAUACAGAAAAGUGGUCAGCAUUGAAAGACAAGGAGAAGAUUGGAAGGUAACUGUUCAGGAAGUAGAAGAGGAUGGUAUUACAGUCAAAGCAGACACACAGGAAGUGUAUCUAGCCAAGAAUGUAGCUAUAGCAUCAGGACAUCAUGCAAAACCAACAAUGGCUAAAUUUAUGGGACAGGAUUCUUUUACAGGGGAGAUAAUUCACAGUGUAAAGUAUAAAGAUGUAUUAACCAAUCAUCUGGAAGAUAAGAGAGUUUUGGUGGUGGGAAUUGGUAACAGUGCUGUCGAUGUAGCAGUCAAUAUUGCUGCUAUUGGAAGAGAGAAGCCAGUUUACUUGAGUACCAGAUCAGGUGCAUGGGUUGUACCUAACUACAUAUUUGGACAGCCAACAGAUUUAUAUGCCAAUAGACUAUUUCUAGCAUUGCCAUGGAAACUAGCAACAUGGAUAUUUGAGACUGUGAUAAAAGUUGUUUCAGGAGAUCCUAAAAGAUGGGGUUUGAAUCCCAAAAUGAGAGCUUUACAGACCCAACCUACAGUUAGUCCCACUCUACUCCAUCAUAUACAAAGGAAGAACAUAGUUGUUGUUCCAAAUAUUCAGAGAAUAGAAAAUAAGAAAGUAUACUUCAUCAAUGGAGAAUUAGCAGAAUUUGAUAGCAUCAUCCUUUGUACUGGUUACAAGAUUGAUCUCCCCUUCCUGAGUGAUGAAAUCAAACAGACUGUCUUGGAUGAUAAUAAUAACAAUCUGAAAUUAUUCAAGAAUGUAUUUAAUCCAGAUAUUGGCCAAUCAUUAGCCUUUAUUGGUUUUGUACAGCCUGCAUCAGGAGGAAUCCUCACCAUGUCAGAAACACAAGCUAGAUGGUACGCUGAACUCAUCAAAGGGCAUGUUCACUUACCUAAUAAAUCAGCUAUGGAAGAUAAUAUGAGAGCAGAAGAGAUUGCAACAAAGAACAGAUAUUACCACUCAGCUAGACAUACAAUACAGAAAGAUCCUAUAACUUAUAAUGAUGAAAUCUCAUCUUACUUUGGUGCAAAACCAGAACUUCUAACAAAUCCUACACUAGCUUGGAGGUUAAUAUUUGGUUCUUGUGGAGCCUUUCAGUAUCGAUUACAAGGACCAAAUACAUGGUCUGGUGCUAAGGAAGCAGUGAAGAAAGUCCCUGUUACAGAAAUGAUGAAUUAUACUGGCAUAGGUCUUCUUGUUAUAGCUGGACUAGUUUUAUACUAUUUUUAUUCAUUUAUUUGUUGUGUUUUAUGUUGAAAAGGAUAACAUUUUUAUAUACAUAGUGUCAGCCAUGACUCUAUUUUGA